AUGACCUCCCCAAACCUCGCCAUCUGGAUCUCCACCACCGCCUCCCUCGAAUCACGCCACCUUCCCGACCCCCCCGCCCCCGGCCCCUCCCAAACCCUCGUCCGCAUCGCCUUCUCCGGCCUCAACCCAGCCGACAUCAAACAUGGCCGCCAACUCGGCAUCCGCGACACGGUCGCGGGCUACGACUUCAGCGGCACCGUCGUCGGCGCCGGCCCCGGUUCGCGCUUCAGCGUCGGCGACCGCAUCGCCGGCUGCACCCCUUCCUCGCUCGGCCGCCCUCCCCACUUCGGAACCCAUCAAGACUAUGCGAUUGUGCCGGACGGCAUGGCGUGGAAGCUGCCGGACGAUGGGAGCUUGCCGCUCGAGGACGCGGCGUGCAUGGCCGUGUCGACGCGCACGGCGGCGGAUGUGGUGUUUAAUCAUUUGCGGUAUCCGCUGCCCGGCGAGUCUUCUUCUGGGGACCAAGCUCUCCCCGCGCUCCUCGUGUGGGGCGGCGCGUCGUCGCUCGGCUUCAUGGCGAUCCAGUUCGCCAAAGCCGUCGGCGUGCGGCACAUCUUCGCCACCGCGUCGGCGGCGAACCACGCGGCGCUGCGCGAGUUGGGGGCGACGCGGUGCUUCGACUACCGCGACGCGGAUGUCGUGGACAAGAUACGGGAGGCUGCUGCGGCGGAGGUGCUGGGGGGAAGGUUGACGCGGAUCUUCGACGCGGUGGGGGAUCCGGGGCAGAGGACGGGGGAGAGGGCGUUUGCGUGUGCUGGUGAGGAGGAGGGGGAGGAAGUGAUCAAGGUCUGCUCGACCAUCUAUCCUGGCGCGCUGAUGCCCCUGGCGAGUUUGGAGCUGCCGUUUUCGUUUAGCCCGCCGGGGGCGGAGGGGAAGGUCGUCACGGUGCCGCCGAGGCCGGAGGAGGCGGCGCGGGUGUUCGAGGCGUUGGAGUGGGCGGUGGGGAAUUAUGGGGGGGCGUUUAAGAUUCCGACGGUGGAGGUGGUGGAUAAGCCGGUGGGGGAGCUGGUGAGGGAGUUGGAGGAGAGGUGUGAGAAGGGGGCGAGCUUUAGGAAGGUUUGUUUUAAGCAUCCGUUUAGGGAGUGA